GCCCCCUCUGGCCAUUCGCGUUGGAAGUUUGUGAGCGUCGCAGGGGCUCACCAUAACUCGUCCGUAGGGUUUUAGAGCUCUUCAUUUCUCUUUCUCCUUCGAUCGUUUUCAUUUUCGCGCUCUCUCUCGGAUUGCAGGUUUGUGCUAUAGGAAGUGUUGAAUUUUUUGGAUUUCAUGCAUGCUAUAAAGGGUGGGUGGAUAGGGCGUCCUCUUGCCCUAGCCAAAAGCAACGAGUCUGAAGGGAGGAAGACUAGAAUUCGGCGUUCAAAGGAGGAAAGGAAGGCAAUGGUUGAAGUCUUCAUAAAAAAGUAUCAGGAAUCAAAUAAUGGGAGCUUCCCCUCGCUCAACCUUACUCACAAGGAAGUUGGUGGAUCUUUCUAUACAGUGCGAGAGAUUGUACGUGAUAUAAUCCAAGAAAAUAGAGUCCUUGGUCCAGGAAAGUGGUUAUUAGAAGAGCACAGCACUGAUUAUUCACUUGAAGAGAAUCCACUCCACUCGAUUGCUAUUGAACCUCAAUCUCCUUUAACAAUAUCAUCAGAGGAAGUUGAUUUUCCAGUCAACUACAACCAAUAUAUAAAUGAACCAAUCUUCGUGUCAGAUGAGCAAUGCACUUCAACAAAUAUUCAGGGAUCACAGAAUGUGACAGUAAUUAAUGGCAGCCCGGCAGAUAUGAGUGACAAGGAGUCUGAUGAACUCAAGAAAGUAGAGGAAGUGGUGAGAGAGGAAUCAGGAAUGCCAUUUAAUCAUGUAACUCCUUUUACAACAGAUGUCGUGGUUGAGACAUUCCCGUUAGAUUCGAUUUCUUUUGCUGUCGAUAGUUCAGAUGUAAGAUCUGAGGCAUUGAUUUCAACCAGCGCCUCAGAAAAGCAACCGAGUCAUACCAUGGAGUUAGGAUCAGAUGUUGGCUUGGUUAACAAUAAAGGUAAUAAUUCCACGGCUUCUGGUUAUGUAGUCAAGAAAGCAGAUGAAAAUUGUGCUGCUCCAUUAUCAGAAACAAAGUCUGAUUUGGUGGAGGUAGCACAAAUUGUUGAAACCUCUAAUGGAUCAACUAAGAAAGAAGCUAGCAUAUAUGAAGUUGAAGGUCCUGAUACUCCAAUACCUGUGAUCUCUGAACAAGGCCAGAAAUCUAGUGAAACCAAGGCUCCUAAUGCUUCUCCAAGUGUUACCAAGAAUCUCAACAAGGCAUUCAGCAAUAGCUUUGACCAGACCUCAAAAACCAAAGAGGAGACAGGGAUGGAAAAUGAAGUAGAGGCUGAACAGAAUGGUGGCUCAACAUUAAAUAGAAUCAAUCUUGAAUCAUGGGAAGGGAUGUCCAAAAAUUCUUCGAAACCCGAAAACAACCCGCUUUUGGAAAUCUUCAAAGCAUUCAUCAGUGCAUUCGUGAAGUUUUGGUCCGAGUAAGUUCUAUGAUUGUUAGGUAGACAAGUAGAGAGGAGUUAUUUUCCUACCACAGAACCUGUCCAUCUCUGUACCAAGUUGCAGUCAGUUUCCCCGUUCGCUCGAGUCGAUUCCAUCCUCGAUGUUUAUGAGUUAGGAAACUGGAUAUUACUGGAUGUGGGUUGGCACUUCUGUAGUCUGCAGUAAGAAAGAAGGUUUAGGAGUAGUAGGCAUAUAUAUCCCACCCCUCAGUUGCAAGGUAAGUAAAAGCUUGUGUGUUUUCUUUUACUGUAACCAUGAGCUAUGAUGCCCAAUCCCCAAUGAUUUUCUUCCAUA